AUGUGUAAAAGUCCAGCGCCGACGAUUGACGACCGGAAAAAAGUUAACGGGGAAAAAAAAAACGCGUUUAAAAAAAAAUUUCCAGUCGAAACGACGACCCAGAAUGUUACGAACGGGCCCACUGAAGGACGAGGCCGCAGUGUUGUUGUCGGCGUGCGCGGUGAAUGCGCGCAACGAUUUGGAUGGACAGGCGGGGGAACGGAGGUUCGAUCCUCGGCCCCCGCCGACCAAGACGGCAGUGCAGCCAACCGUCCAAACAUCGAAGGGAAAUCCGUGUCGUCAGCGGUGCUCGCGCGCGAAAUCGAAUAG